AUGUUCAGAUCUCAGGUACUUCGGCACAUUGCCCGCGCGGCUACGGUACAGGCUCCUCGAGCAGCCUUCCGACCCGCACAGCCAGCCAUUUCUUCAAUUCGUCACUUCACCUCUUCUCCAAGUCGUUUGGAUAAAGAUUCUCAGAAUGAAGACCCAGUCGAUGCAGCGACGACGUCAGGCGAGCCUGGCGAGAGUGGCGACCACGAGGGCCAGUACGCGCGAACUCGGGACGACAUUGUCGUAGAGUACCCAGAAGAGAAGGACCUGCCACCUUCGAAUCCCGUCGUAGGCCGUGGAGGCGAGCACUCGAAGCGCACAUUGGCCUCUUUUUCCAUGGAGGGCAAGGUAGCCGUCGUCACUGGUGGAGCUCGAGGUCUGGGCCUGGUCAUGGCACAGGCACUGGUUACAUCUGGUGCCGACGUUGCCAUUGUUGACAUGAAUAAAGAAGAAGGAGAGCGAUCCGCACAGGGGCUCGUUGAUGUAUACAAGAAAGAGAACCCCGCAUCGAGAAGGACACCAAAGGUCACAGCUCACUUUUGCGAUGUCUCGAGUCCAACCUCCGUCAACCAGUCCUUUGCCGAGAUCUUGAAGCGUCAUGGCAAGGUCGACAACCUUGUCACAUCUGCUGGCUUCACCGAGAACUACGAUGCCAUCUCAUACCCCCACGACCGCAUGCAGAAGCUGUGGGGCGUCAACGUCGACGGCACAUACCUAUACGCCGUGGCAGUGGCAAAGCACCUCAUGGAGAGGAAGGCGCCUGGAAGCAUCGUCAUGAUUGGCAGCAUGUCUGGCUCCAUCGUCAAUGUCCCGCAGCCACAAGCCCCAUACAAUGCCGCAAAGGCAGCAGUGCGACACUUGGCAGCUAGUUUAGCUGUUGAGUGGGCCGGUGCAGGAAUCCGCGUGAACUGCAUUUCCCCUGGAUACAUGCUUACUGCAUUGACCAAGAAGAUUCUUGACGACAACCCAGAACUCCAGAAGCAGUGGACAUCGCUGAUUCCUGUCGGCAAGAUGGGACGUCCCGAGGACCUGAUGGGCGCUGUCACUUUCUUGUCCAGCGACGCCAGCUUAUACGUUACGGGUGCGGAUCUCCGGGUUGACGGUGCUUACACCUGCACGUAA